AUGGCUUAUAUUGUUUUCCAUAGGUAUACAAACAAUAGAUCCAACAGCUUUGUUGAGGACGGUAUUUUAUAUAUCAAACCCACAUUAACGAGUGACACAAUCGGCGAGCAGUACAUGCGAGAUGGGGGUCGAAUCAACUUAUGGUCGGGCGAGCCUUCGGUUAGUUGUACAGGAUGCGAACGUGUUUCUGGUUCUGCAUCUGGCGGUAAUUAUCUCAACCCGGUCCAGUCCGCUAGACUCAGGACGAUCGAUUCCGCGUCCAUCAAGUAUGGUAAAGUGGAAGUACGAGCUCGAUUACCCGUGGGCGACUGGUUGUGGCCAGCCAUUUGGAUGAUGCCAAAAUAUUCGGACUAUGGAAUAUGGCCAGCAAGUGGUGAAAUUGAUAUUAUGGAAUCUCGAGGCAACCCCGAAUAUCCUUAUGGUAACGCGACCAAUGUUGGAUCAACUUUGCAUUGGGGAACACACUGGUCAAUGGAUCGAUACAAUCUUACACAUGCCGAGGCGAUACUCGAUGACGGAACGACGUUUGCAGAUGAUUUCCACACUUAUGGAUUAGAAUGGUCUGAAGAUGGCCUUCGCACGUAUAUCGACGAUGAAACGGUCCUGCUUGUCGACUUUGACAAAAGUUUUUAUGAACGCGGUGCGUUCCCAGAAUGGAGCAUGAACCCUUGGGCUUCGGGUGAUAUCAAUGCACCGUUUGAUCAAGAGUUUUAUUUGGUUCUCAACGUGGCAGUAGGCGGUGUCAAUGACUAUUGGACCGAUGGUCCCGAAAAACCAUGGCGCAAUGACGACCCACACGCUAUCAAUGCGUUUUGGGACAAGCGAGAAGAAUGGUUAGCAACGUGGGGUGAAGGAAACAAACGCGCCAUGGCUAUUGACUGGGUCAAGAUUUGGAGCGCAGAAACAGAAUGUUGA